CAUUUACGUCAACCCGUACGUUACGCACGCGGGAAAAACAAAAAAAUGGCAUGUACGCGGUUCUUUUGAAUGAUGUGCUUCAUGAAGUUUACUUGAUCAAAAGCUAAAAUAUCAGAUUUACAAUCACCAAAUGCAUUUAAACUCAGAGUUCCUGUGAAGCAGUUUUGAAAGAAUCGCCAUGGAUGCCGCCGAAACUCGUUUCACUCACCUGCUGCAACCAAUUCGGGACCUUACCAAAAACUGGGAGGUUGACGUAGCCUCGGAGCUUGGGGAGUACCUGGACGAGCUGGACCAGAUCUGUAUAUCAUUUGAUGGAGGAAAAACCACAAUGAAUUUUGCAGAGGCUGCACUGCUCAUCCAAGGCUCAGCAUGUAUCUACAGCAAGAAGGUGGAGUACCUGUAUUCAUUGGUCUACCAAGCUCUGGACUUCAUUUCCAACAAAAAGCGCGACAAACAGCCAACGUCAAUUGAAGAAGACGGCCGGGACAAGGAUGCCACCUUUCGCGGCAAAAAAGAUGAAGUGGGGUUUCUCACGCUGGACGACUUCACUGGGAACGCCUCAAACGUAGAGCUGAGACACGAUGACGCCAAGGGUUUGGAGAUUGUACCCCUCACUCCAGAGCCUCUGAUUCCUGUGGAAGAGGAGGAGAAGAAGAAGAACCCCCUACACAGCCAUAAAGGAGAGGUCCUGGCAAGCUGCAGGGAUUUCCGGAUGAAUAACUUCACCCCCCACGCCAACGGCAUCAUCCGCCUGGAGCUGACUUCUACUCCGUCGCAGUUUGUGAUGGACGUCCGCACGUACAUGCAGAAUAUCUCUGCGUUGGUCGAAGGCCCCAGUGUCAAUCAUGAAGACUCCAAUCCCCAGAAUGCCCCGCUGCCACUGCUCAACCUGUCCGAAGCUCCCGAAGGGCGGAGUGCGAUGGCGGGGGACGCUGGCGAUGGGGACGCUUUUGAGGCCUUCCCGCCACUGGAGGGGGACGAGGGCAUGGACGUGGACCCCUUGACUGACGAGCACGUCUGCAGGCACCAGGCUCCCAGUGAGAGGCGGAUGCUGAGGGAGAGGCCCGCUGUGCAGCCUGAAUCUGAGGAGAAGAAGGACAUCCCGGACCCCUGGAGGUGCCACAAUCCCUUCUCCACUUCGGAGGACAAGCCGCUCAAGACCGGGAAGCACUUCACCAUCCCUCCGAGCGUACAGGAAGUGACGGGCAACAAGAGGAAGAGGAGAGGCACCGUUAAACUUCAGGACUUCAUGGACUGGUUCACCGGGAUCUUGUCUGAGAGGCCCAGCCGGAAGGCCAGGAAGGGACCCACUUUCGCAGAUCUGGAGGCUCUGUACUGGAACAACGUCAGAGAGAAGCAGAAGUGUCAGAAGAAGAUCCAGCGGCGAGCGGGCGUCCUGUCCAGCGACGUCCCGGAGCGGAGGAACUGGGACCUGGGGGGUCCCGAAGUGGAGAGGGAGGGCGAGGAGCCCGACGACUUCCAGGACCCCGACGGCGGAGGGGACGAGUUCUCGGACCAGGAGAACGUGGCGGACGAGGCCCCGGCGCAGCUCCCGGACGACCAGGACCUGGUCAUCACAGCAUCGCAGACCGAGAGGAUGUCCUACGAGGACCUGGUGAAGAAGAGCGUGGAGCUGUUCCUGGUGAACUCGCAGAAGUACGCGCAGGAGACGGUGCUGUCGCGGCGCAUGAAGGACUGGGAGGAGAAGAUGGGCCCCCAGCUCACCGCGCAGGAGGAAAGGCUGGCCUUCGACAUCCACGACUACGGGAACAAGAUCAUGGACGCGUUCGGUGACGUCAUGGAGAGGCGGAGCUUCGCCUCCAUCGUCCGGGGGAAGGAGAGCCACGAGGUGUGCCGAUACAUGCUGGCCUCGCUGCAGCUGGCCAACGACUACACGGUGGAGAUCCACAAGCGGGACGCGCUCGAGGAGGCCAUCGACACCAUGGAGCUGACCCUGCUCACCAAACAAAAAGCCCACGAGCGCUUCAAGACCUACACCGCCCCGUCCAUCUCCGGCGACCGCUGAUCCAGCAUCCGCCCCACCCCCCCCGCGCGCCUCCCCCUCCUACCCCCUCCCCCUCCCCGUCCAUCUCCGGCGACCGCUGAUCCAGCAUCGCUGAUCCCCCCCCCCCCGCGCCUCCCCCUCCUACCCCCUCCCCCCUCAUAGUCUAAAAACCCUGCAGUAACUCCAGGUCUAAACUAAUGGGGAAACGCGUCACGAGCGAGUUGUGAUGUCAUGACGCUGAUCUCAUCACCGCUUGUGCUGAUCGCUGAUCCUCGGUCAGCCAGCGACCAGUCCCUCAGGGGUUCCAUUAUACAGCGGUGACCUCACUCCUCCGCUGCGUCUCCUCUGCUGCGUCUCCUCUGCUGCGUCUCCUCUGCUGCGUCUCCUCCACUGCGUCUCCUCCGCUGAUCUCCAGUCUCUUCCCAGCUGCUGUGUAUCAGCUGUAAGCCCCAGCUCUGUGUUGUGAGGAGAGCAGGGAGCGUUUAUUUCCCGUUUUCUGCUAAUCGGUGGUAGCCCAAUCAUGUGGAAGGUUGAGAGUAUGCAGCUUUUCAGUCCAACCAAUCGCUUCACCGGCUGAUCUCUGGCUGAAGGUCUGUUAAUUGGUGAUAUCAGCAGCUGUGAUUGUGAUUAGUGAUUGGUUGGAAUGGAAAAUCUGCAUACUCUUGCCUCUCCAUGGCACAUGAUUGGGUGCCACUGUUCUUAAUUAUUUAAAAUCGGUGUCUGAAAACUGAUGUGUCUCAUAUCUCCUGUGUUUGGACUUGUGCUGGCAGUUGGUGGUGCUGGAAAACGUAUAAUAUACAUGUAUAUGUGUAGUGUAGGACUUUUACUGCCCCCCCCCCCCCCCAACCCCAAUAUUAAAUAACGGGGGGAAAAAACUAUUCAUAUAAUUACAAUCAUAUGUAAAUUUUAUUUCAUGAGUAAAAAUAAUGGGGAUAUUUUUAAAGGAUGUGAUUAAGACCCACCAGUGUAUAUUGCAGGGGUGGAGCUCCUGUACGUCUCCAAGCCCUUCAAAUAAACUAGUUUUGGUGACAUGUC